CAGAGUGUGUUUCCCAGUGUGUGUGUGUGUGUUCUCCAGGAACGUUUACUGCUAGAACAUCAGCAAACGCAUGCGGCAAAUCUCUGCCGUUGAUAUUGUUACUGCUGUCAUACAUAAUUAUUCAGCAAUUGGAUUUGCUUCAUCUGUUGUUAGAGCCAUGGGUAGAAACUGGAGGAAGCAGCACAAGUUGAAGGAAGGAGCCGGGAGCCGUGUUGAGCGUCCCAAAAGGGAAAGGCCUCCAACCACCAAUUAUGAAGAAUUAAUACGAGAGAAUAAGGAUUUUGAGACAUAUUACAAGGCUCAAAAGAUUGUUCCAGAAGAAGAAUGGGAUACAUUCAUAUCAUGUAUGAAGGAGAAUCUACCUGCUGCCUUUCGUCUCACUGGGACAAAGAAUAUGGCUCGUUCAUUGCUGCAUGUCAUGAAGAAGACUUUCUUUGAGCCUCUGUCUGAGCUUGUUCCUCCACAGCUCACCCAAGAUGAGCUUGACGCGGGAGAGGAGCCGGUAAAACAAUUAAAACCUCUGUGUUUGCCAUGGUAUCCAGAUAACCUGGCAUGGCAGCUGAAUUUAACUCGUCGUGACAUCCGUCGAUGUGAGGCGUAUUGGCAGCUACAUCAGUUCCUCAUCUCCGAGACUGAAACGGGGAACAUUUCUCGCCAGGAAGCAGUCAGUAUGAUCCCUCCACUGGUUCUAGAUGUUCACCCUCAUCACAAGGUUCUGGAUAUGUGUGCUGCACCAGGAAGCAAAACUGCUCAAAUUAUUGAGUUCCUCCACAACUCUGAGGAUGAAUUAUCUGCUGCCAUUCCUCAAGGGAUUGUAGUGGCCAAUGAUGCAGAUAAUCGUCGCUGUUAUAUGUUGACACAUCAGGCUAAACGUUUACAAAGUCCUGCUAUUAUAAUCACCAAUCAUGAUGCUGCUUUUAUGCCAAAUAUUCACCACUCCCGUAAAGAUGGAAGUGUUGGACCCAUUAAAUUUGAUCGGAUUUUGUGUGAUGUUCCUUGUUCCGGAGAUGGAACCAUGCGAAAAAACUUUGAUGUUUGGUCCAAAUGGAAUCCUGUGAAUGGUGCAAAUCUUCAUGGAUUGCAGUUAAGGAUAGCACGUCGAGGGCUGGAGAUGCUGUCGGUUGGUGGACGAUUGGUGUACUCGACUUGUUCUCUCAACCCUUUGGAAGAUGAGGCUAUCAUUCAGAGGCUUCUUAUUGAGGCAGAUGGUUCUGUACAGUUGGUUGAUGUUUCAGAUCAAUUGCCUGGGCUUAAGUUUAUGCCAGGUCUGGAAGAUUGGACACUCAUGAAUCGGGAAAUGGAGAUUAUUAAGUCUGCUGAAGAGAUACCCGUCAAGAACACCAAUCUUUUUAACAAACAUCUUUUCCCACCUUCUGCUGAAAUGAAGGAGAAACUCAAUCUCUGUAGAUGUGUAAGAAUCUUGCCUCAUCACCAAGACACUGGAGGUUUCUUUGUAGCAGUGCUUGAGAAAGUGAAAGCUCUUCCUGGCGAGAAGGUUUAUAUGGAGAAAGACGAGCAAGUUGACCAAGUCCAAUCUGCAAAAAACACACAAAGAAUAAAACAACCACCAAAAAAGAAGCGCCGUCAAGGUUUCAGAGAAGAGCCUUAUUAUUAUUUUGAAUCAGAUGAGGUUGUAUGGCCAGGAAUUGAUGCUUUUUAUGGAAUUCGUAAAGAAGUGGAUGCAGGCCUUUUCCUGAGUCGAACCAAGCAAGGAAAAAAACGGAAUAUCUAUUUUACCAAUAGCCUUAUCAAAGACAUUGUUGAUGUAAAUCAAGACCACAUUAAGAUUAUCAAUACCGGUGUGAAAGUUUUGGUGAGAAGUGACAAUAAAGGUGCACCUUGUGACUUCCGAUUAGCUCAAGAUGGCUCCCAGGUGUUGCUGCCUCUUAUCACUCAGCGCAAAAUCAAUGUGACCAAAAAUGACUUGGUGAUCAUGCUACAAAAUGAUGAUAUGGAAAUGCCACCAGAAAUUGUUACAUUGGAUGCCAAAACACAAGAACAGUGUACAGAUCUCUGUACGGGUGCUAUUGCUUUCAUAUACAAAGCAGAUGAUGUGACCAUUGAGCUGGUUGGCUGGAAGGGUAACAAGUCAGUUCGUGCUUAUGUGGCAAAGAAUGAUCGAAUCCAUUAUCUGAGAUUGCUAGGUGCUGAUACUUCAAAGUAUGAAAAAAAUAAAUUUGCUGAACAGAGGGAUUUAGAUGCCAAGAAUUCCAGUGAUCAGAAUUCAUCUGUUGUAGAUGAAAGUGUUAUAAACAAUGAUGAAAAUGAAGACUGUAUAGAAAACGACAGUUAAGUUCUGUGAAUUUAGCAGUAGUGAAACUUAUGUUGAUGUUAAUGAACCUGGAAGUACAAGUGCAGAAGGUUAAAAGAAAAGAUGCUUGAGAUAUAAUAAACCGGAUACAUGUACUGUACAGAACAUUGUAGUCGCAUUUGAUAUAAUUACACCAAUAUCAAGAACAUGAUAUGUUGUGUAUUAUACAUAGCAUCGAGUAGAUGGAAUAUUAAUACUGAAAUGUAAAAUGAUACCGAUUUUUAUUUGUGGUGGAAGUUUUUAUACAAAGUUCUGUUUGAUAUACCAUGCUUGUAAUGUAUUGAAAUAAAAAAAAUAUAUAAAAUGCAACAUAUCCUAGAUUUGUGUGAUUUAUUGAAUGGUUGAAGUAUAUGUGUAAAUUGAUGUAUAAAAGUGAUCAAAUUUAUUUAAAAUUUCAUAAAGAAAAGAAUUCAUUGAUUAAUAUCGAGUGCUGUUUGUCAUUAUAUUUGUUGAUUUUUUAACUAAGGGUUUUUUAUUAAAUGUUUUAUCAGUUUA